AGCGAAUCUUUUGCUGGGUUUACCUACCGGGACCAAGUAAUUCGCCACCUUGAGAAGCACGCUCCCCAUCUGAUAAUUCCAUUCCUGGAGCGCGUUAUCUUUAUGCCACACGAUUGGGACGAUGAAAUAGAGGAGAAUGAGGAGGCGAAGGAGGAAAUGGGCGGAAGCUUAAGGGUAUCAAAUCUUAACAGCAGCGGUGCUUCGUCUCAUACUCUGCACUCCAUCUCUCUUUCGGAUGACAUGACGAAUCACGCCAACGGAUCUUCCACUCCAGUACGUUUCUAA